UUCUCUACUUUUCCAGAAGUAUGUAUUAGCAAACAGAGCUAAUUAGCACCCAGCUUGAAUGAAUGGGCAGAGAGGUACUUGGCACAGGAAGCUACUUGAUGAGUAGGGAAAAUAAUCUUGGCAGAACACUGACUUGGGAAGACCCAAGGCCUUCCACAACUGAGCCUGUGUGCCCAGAUGUCUCCCUCAGGCAGAUGUCUCAAGUUCCCAGUUAUCAUUUCUCUGGAACUCUCGCAGGCCACUCCCCUUGAUGCAAUAUCUGGGUUUGGGCAAAAAGGAGGGUGCUGCAAAGUCCGCCCAUUCUGAGCAUUUGGGCCAGCUUCUCUUUCCAGAACAACUCAAGCUUCAUUGCAACUCUGACCUCAGCGCCAACAUCUUCUUCCUGAAGCAAGGUGCCCAGGAUGGACAGAAAGUUUCAUUCCGAAAGGAAACAAUGUUUCAGGGCAAACUAAGUUUGUCAGAGACCUUCACACCAAACAGGCGAGCGCAAUGGUUCUGCAAAGAGUCUGGACAAGUCCUGUCAUGUGGCUUUUCUACAGCUUAAUCUCAGGUUUUCUCACAGAUGGAGUGUUCGUUCUGCCUGCCCCACAGAACUUCUCUGUGCAGUCAACCAACAUGAAGCAUCUCUUGAUGUGGAGCCCCGUGUCCCAGCCUGGGGAGACAGUAUUCUAUUCUGUGGAGUACCAGGGGGAGUAUGAAAGCCUGUACAUGAGCCACAUCUGGAUCCCCAGCAGCCAGUGCUCACCUACCAAAGGUCUGGAGUGUGACGUCACUGACGACGUCACUGCCACAGUACCAUAUAACUUCCGGGUCAGGGCCAUGCUGGCCUCACAGACUUCAGCCUGGAGCACCCUGGAGCACCCCUUUAAUCGAAACUCAACUGUCCUCACCCCACCCAGGAUGGAGGUCACAGAACAUGGAUUACAUCUGGUUAUUGAGCUGGAAGACCUUGGGCCCCAGUUUGAGUUCCUUGUGGCCUACUGGAGGAGUGAGCCUGGUGCCACGGAACAUGUGAAGGUGGUGAGGAGUGGGGACAUUCCAGUGUAUCUAGAAACUAUGGAACCGGGGGCCAUGUACUGUGUGAAGGCGCAGGCGCUGGUGAAGGCCAUUGGGAGGCGCAGUGCCUUCAGCAAGACUGAGUGUGUGGAGAUGCAAGGAGGGCCUCUCCCGCUCGCGCUGGCCCUGUUUGCGUUUGUUGGCUUCAUGCUGAUUCUCAUGGUUGUACUGCUCUCCAUCUGGAAGAUGGGCCAGCUGCUCCGGUAUUCAUGCUGCCCCACUGUCUACCUCCCAAGUGCUGUUAAAAUAACCAGCCCAUCCCAGAAGCUAAUCAGCUGCAGAAAGGAAGAGGUGGACACCUGUGCUGUGACUGUACUGUCCUCGGAGCAUCUUUUGGGGGUCUGGAUCUCACAGACUUGAGGAAGGACCUGAUGGAUUAACAACCUGGUCAGCAGGACCCAGAACCCUGGACGGGGAGGGCUGUGUUUCUGUUUUCCUCCGUGAACAAAAGAGCCGGCUGUGUGCAAGUCUAGCAGCAACCAUCAGAGGCAAAGCGGUGUGACACCAGAGUGACAGCCAGUGGUGAGGAGAAGUGACCCCCAGACCUGCAGUUACCAUACACUCACUGAACGACAGUGGGGGAAAAUGGCUUCAUCCCUCCACACCCUGGCUUUGCCAUCUGUGGUGGGGAUUAACCGCAUCACAUAAUGCUCUCUCCCCUCGUCUCCGUGUACCACCAGCAGGGUGGCAGGGAGACUGGUGGCAUUGGGUACUGCAGUGAGUUCAGUGAGACCUUGUGGCCUGGGGGGUACACAUGUGUACUAAGAAUGACACACACACACACACACACACAAAACUACACAGAGCUGGAUGCAUGCCUGCAAUCUCAGCACUUGGGAGGAGGCAGAGAGAAAAAUCACAAGCUCGAGGCAGCCUGGACUAGAGUGAGACCCGGUCUCAAAUAAACAACUAAACGACGAAGAGUAAGAGAACAUAAAAACAAACACAAACCAUUGUUGGACUUCCCACUUCCCCAGAGGAAACCUUGAGGAGGGAAGGAAGAAUGGGAGAGCCGGUUCACUUGCUGAAGUGCUAAGUCAGCAAGCUCUGCUGAGGGUGCCCGGAGAGAGGCCACGCCUCCCUCCACACACAUACCCUGGUCCACUACAGGACAUUUGUGAAUGUUGCUGUGACUUCAUGAGAUGCCAUCAGAUCCUGGGGCCUUGUCCACAGGAAAUCCCAUGAGCCCUCUUCCUAAGGACAGUUCACUCAGGACAGCCUCUCCCAGGUGCUCAUCAGGAACCCUUGACUAGAGGUGGUACCAUUCCUUACCACCUCUAGGAGAAGAGCUUUGGUCAGAGGAGAAUGGAGGGAGUGGCUUCAUCCCUCACCACCCCCUCCCAGCUCUGGAACCUGGAGCUGGCUUGUCUCUGCCCCGACUUCCUGGGCCUCUCCAACCAGACAGGGGUGAAGACAGGCCAACCGUUUCAACCAGGUGCUUCCUGUCUUGAGGACAGAAGCCAAUGGCCCUGUUUCCACCUUGGGGACGCCAGGAGAAAGAGGGCAUUUCUGCAGGGGUGUGAGGGGAGGCUCUCUG